CAGAAUCGAGAAUGAGCAAUCCGUCAGAGUCUAUCAAGCCUUCCCUGGAUGGCAAUGAAGGGAGCACAGGUACAACUUGCUGGAACAACUUUGCAGCCAACUGCUUCACAAACAUUAAAUUUACAGGUAAAAAGUGAAGAAUCAGGGGAUUCUACGUCCCAGCAAACGACAACCCAGCCUUCGCUGCAACCAUCUUUACAGACCACCCUUCCACAGACACAGCUUAUGCUUGCUGGCGGGCAGAUCACUGGGCUAACAUUGACAACAGCACAGCAACAGUUGUUGCUCCAGCAAGCACAGGCCCAGCUACUGGCUGCUGCAGUUCAACACUCAGCAAAUCAGCAGCAUAAUACCACAGGAGCCACCAUCUCUGCCACAGCAGCAACUCCUAUGGCACAAAUACCCAUCACUCAGCCAAUCCAAAUACAAGAUCUGCAACAGUUACAACAGUUACAGCAACAAAACUUGAAUCUGCAGCAGUUUGUUCUGGUGCAGCCAGGUCACCCUAUUACCACAAACUUGCAACCGACGCAGUUCAUCAUCUCGCAAACGCCACAGGGGCAACAAGGUCUCGUACAAGCCCAGAAUCUUCUACAACAACUACCUCAGCAAAGCCAAGCCAACCUCCUGCAGUCUCAGCCAAACAUCACCUUCACGCAGGUUAGCUUAAUGAGGAAAAGAACUAUGCAGUCAGAAAAUUUGUCAGUAGACUCUGCACUGUCAAAUCCCAGCUCCUUGACUUCUCCAGGUCUGGGAAUCGAAGGGCUGAGCCGCAGGAGAAAGAAACGCACCAGCAUAGAGACCAAUGUUCGAGUGGCCUUAGAAAAGAGUUUCCUGGAGAACCAAAAGCCUACCUCGGAGGAGAUCAUGAUGAUCGCCGAUCAGCUGCAGAUGGAGAAGGAGGUGAUCCGAGUCUGGUUCUGUAACAGACGCCAGAAAGAGAAGCGGAUUAAUCCACCCAGCAGUAACAGCGGCACUACCACUUCUACCAAAACAAUUUUUCACAACCCCACCUCCAUGGUGGCCAGCACUAGUAACCUUGUGACGAGUAGUACACCGACUACUCUGGCUGUAAAUGCAAUGCAGAUGCCUGCAUCCAGUGCUGGUGUGACCAACUUCAGCAUUUCAGGUACAACUGCAUCAGGGACAGCUCCUACAAACGUGGCAUCUGUAAUCACCGGCCUGUCUUCUGCAGUUUCUACGUCAGCAGUCACUUCUCCAUCUCUAACCCCUUCACCAUCAGCGUCCAUUUCAGUGACUGAGUCAUCUAGCAGCAGUGAUGCAAAUACCACACAGUCAACAUCAACUGGCUUAGUAAAUCCUCUGUGCACAAGCCAAAUCACGGUGUCAGCAUCUGGACUGCAGACAGGUGCCAAUGCGCUACAAGCAGCAGCUGCACAGGUAUCCACUGGUGCUGGUCUUGCCACCAAUCCAGGCCUAGCUGCCAUGGCUGCUGCUGCAGGACUAGCCAAUCCUGCCCUAAUGUCAGCCCCUCAAUUUGCAGCUGGAGGUGCCUUACUAAGUCUGAAUCCAGGGAGUCUUGGUGGUGCUCUUGGUCCAGCAUUAAUGAGUAAUAGCACACUGGCAACAAUUCAAGCACUUGCAUCUAGUGGAACACUUCCUAUAACCUCCCUUGAUGCCAGUGGAAAUCUGUUGUUUGCCAAUGCAGCGAACCCAGGGGGUACUCCAAACAUCGUGACAGGCCCUCUCUUUUUGAACCCACAAAACCUCUCCUUACUCACCAGCAACCCAGCCGUAAGCCUGAUAUCUGCUGCCGGGACAACUGGACAUGCAGCGAGUCUCCAGAUGGCCUCUAUGUCAACUGAUUCCAGCCAGAACUCUUCGUUCACUGUGACCUCAGCAGGUGGGGCCACCAACACCACCAAGGCCCAAUGAGACGUACUCCCUAGAGUGGAUCAUUUAAUCCAGUAAUGGGAUGUGUAGUUGGCUGCUUCCAGCAAAAGCAAAACUGAUGUUUGCCUAAUUUUUUUAACUUGCUUGUUUUUCAGGAUUGUGUCACAAAUGACAAAAAAAGACUUCUACCAAAAAGGAAACACGUGAAUAUUUAUCGUUUCAGAUGGUCGAAACAAUAUAGGAGUCAUUAACAAUGCAUAGGCAAGGGUUCUGUCUCCUUUAGUAUCUAUUUUAUUAGUUCUUUUUAAUUGUGUGUUUAUUUUAAUUAGGUCUGUUGUACAGGCCUUUUUGUUUCAUAAAGGUGUUUAUAUCAUGUAUAAAUAGCAUGGGUUUCUUUAACUGGUACAGUUUAGGCAGGCCUGUACUUGGGAUGCUUGUGCAUCUUUUUUUUUUCCCUGUGUAUACUGUUAAGAAAAUUACAUUGGGUUUUAUUUUUUUUUCUUCUUGUUAAUGUCUCUUGAAUUGUCUCCUUUCUUUAAAAAAAGGUUGUUCCUUGUCGGGUACACUGUAGAUUUAUGCACCGUUUGUAUAAAGUGGUUUACUGUUGGUUAUUUUUGUAGGAAAGAUUCAAAGUUAGAUGCUUUGAGCAAAAGUUCACAAACUGAUGGUUUUAAAAACAUUCUUGGUUUUUAAAAUGGCUUAGUAUGUCUGUCCUUCCUAAAUGUAAGGGUUGGAUAUGUUAGCAAAUGUCAUACCAUCAGCAAUAUUGAUCCACACAGCCGAACAACUGGAAAUGGAGAAGACUUUAUUGUCAGUGGAUCAUGGGUAUCUUGUGAAGCUUUUGUCUUUGCUCAGAUACUGAAACCAGUUGAAACCAUCAUGGAAUAUGGUAGAGAUGAGCAAACUACAAAUACGCCAAAUCAACCAUAAAAACCAAUGGGAAAAAUUCAUUAUUUAGUUUCCCAAAACUGAUCUAUUUAUAGAAACUAAAUAAUCUAUGUUCCCAUACAGCUUGAUAACAUAUCUAAUGUUGGCACAGUUUGGUGUUUGUUUAUCUUUAAGGGAAAAUAGGGUUGUUUUGAGACAAGAGGCUUACAGUAUGCACAGUAUGGCUUGAACCAUUGCUGUAAGCAUGUUAAAACCAAAAAUUAAAGGACUGGAGUAGAGCAUUGCAGUUCACAUGGAAUAAAAAUGGUGCCUGUCAUUUUCUGCAGUGGACUUGUAAGAGAGGAGCAAGGUUUACAUUACAAGCCAGAAUGAUUGCUGUGGCCACAUUGUCCAGCAUUCCCAAUUGGUUAAUGAGCAACAUGUUUAGUUACGCAGUACAUGUGAACUUCCUGCUGAGUUACCCACGGGAAACGAAUGUGAGGUUUAAAUUUCUUUCGUUCAGUAGCACAUGAUAUUUUCUGAUAAACGCAGCUGAUUCUUUAACAAAUAAUGUGCUUGAAUCGAAUAAGUGUUCAUUCGGACAUCCCUGAGCUCUGUUGCUGACUAUUCGGUCAUAUUGCUGCACUGUGUGUGUACUAAGUAGGUACUUGAAUUGAUGUUAUAAUUGAAAUUCACGUGGUUUAAUGUUGUUCUUUAUGCUAGUAACAAUAACAGGGCACAAUUAAACCAGUUUCUAAUCUUAAAAUUAAUGACAGCCACCAUUUUUUUUCCUUGUUAGUAACUACAUUAAUCUCCUUUUCAAGACACAAAAUAUGCAGUUCUGGUAGGGUUGCACUACCAAACUGCAAACAAAAUGAAUAUGGCUGCCUACCAAAUAUGGACAGCUAUUAAAAGCUUGAACCAAAGUCAGUUUUACCUAGCUGCUGUACCAAUGACAUUGUUUGCAUGAGUGCAGUUAAUAGGCAUCAGUAAUUUAGUUGCUCCUGUUCAUAGAAGCUAAACAGUUACUAUUUUAUACUUUUUAAUGUCAUUUUUCAGGUAAAGGAAUCUUCAAACAUGAACUUUACAAUUUUGCAGGAUAGUAAUCAUUUUGUCAAGAGUCUGGUGCAACCAGUUUUCAUUGGGCAAUUCAAAUUUACUGGAUGGCUAAAUGUAGACUGGUGUUAGUGAUAUAAAGGAAGUUAAAAAUAUUCCAAGUUGUACAAACCUUCAGAGUGUCUAACUGUACAAAACAGAUCCUGUGACAGAUUAUACUGCUGCAGUACUUGCAUCCUUCUAGUUUAUGUACUCAUGUACUAUUUUCACUGGAUAUUCAAUCAAAUUUUAAAAGAAUGUUGUUACUUUCCUAAUAGUAGAUUCUGGACUUUGGACUGAUGGGAAAUGUUUGGACCCCAUGCACAAAUGUAAACCAAAAUCCUUUAGUCCUCCAAAGCAGGUAUUUAACCAGGCCAUUCUGUAAUCCCAACGCCCACCCAAAUCAUACUUAUGAUACUUCUGCCCUCAUUACAGUUUUCUGUCAUUGCUCUACUAUGCAAUGAAGACCAGUUGCCUGCAGUCACAUUGGUGGCAAUAAUAAAGUGCAUUGCAUGUGAGGAGCAGGGAAAAGAUAUCCCCACAAUGCUGAGUGUCUGAAUAAAGGUGAAGUGCUUUUCUAGAGAUGAGACCUUCGCUUACUAAUAUACUUGCUUGGUAGCAUGGCUCAAGUAUUGAACUUCAAUUGCUGAGCUAGCUUUUCAUUUAGGGAAUUACAUAUAUAGCACUAGAAGGUAAAUUGGCCAGGUGAGUUAUAAUACUUAACCCAUGUUGAUGUCAACCUAAUGUAUUUUGGAGCUUUUAUUGCAUGCCCUUUCAUGUUAAACAGAUGUGAAUUAAUGGAUAAAACUGGUCAUUGAAUAGCAGAAAGCUUUCUGCGAAUCCUUUUUUUGAUCCUGAUUUUUUCUGCUUGCUCCAUAAAUAGCAAAUGUUCUAAAAGCAGCAAGAAGAAAAAUAAGCAUAAAGCUGAGAUGACUGUUUCAAGUUUAAAUGCAAGACAAAAUUGAAUGCUGGUCAUUGACGGCGGUAGUGAAACAGAAGUUGAGGGAAUGCUCCCAUAGAAAUUUUAAAAUAAUGCUUUAUAGCUGACCUCAGACCACAGUUAAUAUUUAAAUUUUGAACCUAACUGAGCUAGUUCUAAUUCUUUGUUGUUUCUCUGAAUAAGGAAACAGAAAAUAAGUUGCAGUAAAGUUUUUAAUUUUAUAUUCCUUAAUGGAUUAAUGUUUUGCUACAGAGGUAGUCUUAUAUCACUGCAUUAGUCCGUUGCAAAGAAAAUCCUGCUUUUAUUUGUGAGAUGUAAUUUGAGGUUGAAGCAAUCAAACCAGGAUUUUCUUCCAGGAUUAUGUUUUGCCCUUGUUAGAGCUGAGUAGUAUCAUUUGCACCAACUUGGCAAAUGCUAAUGGCUUAUGAGACAUUGAGUUAUGCCAAUAAAAAUUGGUUGCGUUAGUAGGUUUUUGGAACUGAAUGAUACCUAGGUAAAUAUAAGGAAUAGUUUUGAUAAGCAAAAUUAGUCAUUUUAGUUACUUGGCAACAAUUCAGAGCUCUUAUGGUUGCAAUGGUUACAAUUCAUGCUCUCAACUGAUCAAAACUGCCAUUUAUGCCAUUGUCCCAUUUUGUCAUCUUUCCAUAAAAUAAAGUCAGACACAUACUGAUUUAAUCCAUCAAUCCACUUGAAUCAAAGGUGACUAUUGUUUUUCAGAUCAGAUAAAAUUGGUAAAAUACAAGUUGGUCAUUAAGGUGGGACAUACUUCAUGAUAAAUGAUAAACUGUCCAUUUUAAAAAUAUUGAAUUCUGGAAGUGCUCUUGCUAAUAAUUAAUUAAUUUACUCUUAAUGGAUGAAUAUUUUACCUAUGUUUCUAAACUUAUUAUCUGUUUUUAAGAAAAUUCUAAAAUGUUGACUUAAUCUUAAUAACUUAUUUGCCAUAUUUCUUAAAACAGAAUUUUUUAAAGGUAUUUUUGUUUUAAAAGCCUCAGAUGCUAAUAGAUUAAAUUUCAAACCUAAAUAUGUGAAAUCCAUGAACAAAUGCGAGCAACAUUUUGUGAUUGAGGCAUUUAUAUUAUCAAAUUCAAAUGCAUCUUGUUGGCUUUGAGACAUUUGUUCAAAUAUUCCUCCUCCUCAAAUAGUUGAGGGUUGUGAAUUUCAGUACAUUUCUUGAAUGGAGUCUAAAACUGGUCCUCUGAUGUGAUUGUAUAUUGUCAUUGAGGAUGCACAAAAAGAUAGUUUCUAAAAUAAACUGGAACUAAGUGUGUCCAUGUAUCCAUCUUCCACAUCCUUGGAAUAUACCGUUUUAUAUGUUGUAUAAAUACUUGAAUCUCAAAAUUUUAAUUACCCAGUAUUGAAUGCAAUAUGUGUAUACAUUUAGCAUAUUUUCAGUGCAUGUAUAUGCUGUUCCCAGAAUUUUAAGUAGCAAGCUUUUGACUUUGAUCUUCAAAGGCUUAAUCUUAACCAAAUUUUUUGAGAUGUGUAAAUAUUUAUUGGUCUAAGCCAAAUAAUUUGUAUGUAUAUUGGGCAUACAUCAACAUUGCACCAUUAGAAUCCAAAGUAAAUGUCUUAGUUUAGGCAUCAGAUUGGGCCAUAGUUCCAUAGUGAAAGUUUUAUUGCCCAGUUGUGAUACAAGAGCAAUGUCACAUUUUAACUGCUUGAUCAGCUAAGGGCUAAUAAAUUUCUAUAAGUUAUUUUGGUUUAAUGUUCUGUCAUAUGUUAAUGUGUCUUUGUUCUAACGUAACUUUAGAAUGGAAUUAACAAUUUGCAUUGUUUGACAAAUCAAGUGGUCAUUUUUAUUUUAUGUUUGUUCCCUAACUUUAAAUCCUCUUAUUUGGCAAUAUGACCAGUUUGUGUCAGAAGAUCACUUUGGAAUAUCUAAGGUAUUUUUGUGCUAGAAUUAUCACAAACUGUCAUGAUAGGUGUCUUCAACCAGGUGAAAGCAGUCACAGUGUUCCUGUAAGGAGAUGUGCCUUAUCCAGUUCUCGAAAUUGACUUAAGUGAAAGGAGCAUGUAUGCCUACAUGCACUUUGAUUUAUAAACACUGUUUAGAUCAUGGUUUAUCACAUAGGAACUAGGAGCAGGAGUAGGUGAUUCAAGCCUGCUCCACCAUUCAGUAUGAUCAUGGCUGAUUUUAUCUUGGCCUCAAAUUCAGUUUCUGCCCACUCCCCAUUACCUUUUAAUGUGUUACUAAUUAAUAAUCUAACCUAUCUCCUCCUCAAAUUUAUUUAAUGCCCUGGUGUCUAAGGCGCUCUGAUGUCGUGAUUUUGACAGACUGACAACCCUUUGAGAGAAAUAAUUCCUCCUCAUCUUUGUUCUAAAUCUGCCACCCCUUAGCCUGACUAUGACCUCUCAUUCUAGGUUACCCCAUAAGGGAAAACAUCCAUUCUGCAUCAACUUUGUCAAUCCCCCUUAGCAACUUAAAUACCUCAAUUAGGUCUCCUCUCAUUCUUCUAAACUCUAGUUGGUCUAGGACCAAACUGCUCAAUCUUUCCUCAUAAACCAAGCCUUUCAUUUCUAGAAUUAAUCUGGUGAAUCGUUUCAUCUCUGGUAGUAAUCUGGUGAACGUAACUCAUUCAGUUUAUAAACUCCUAAUAGUCAAAAUGAAAACUUACUUUAAGCAGAUUUGUAAUACUUCUGUGUAGUGUCUAAUCUCUGUUUCACACUUCUAUUUUCUACUCUAAAACUGAUACCUCCACAUUGCCCCCCCCUCAAAAUACAAAAAAAGCAAACAAAAACAUAAAAUGCAAAUUGACCGUGGAAUUGGCAGUGCAGCUCUGUUGAUGAUUUAAUUCCCUAUUUGUGGCAAUAGCUUACUUCUUCAGAUAUUAAUAGCACUAUUGUACCAAGAGCUACUGAAUAAUGCUUUGAAAAUAAUCAACCCUUUGCUAAAGACAUAACUUAUUUUAUUAAUGGUUAUUUGGUAAAAACAUUGUAUAGGACCUGUAUUGAUUUGAUGAGGUUCACUUCUGAGCACGGCAUGUAGAAAUUGUUCUACAAUACUCCAUAAAAUUUGUAGUAUCUUUCAGCAAUGAAGGAAGCUGUUUGGCCUUUACUGUCUAGCUUGCUUCCAUCAUCUUUCAGGCAUUAUCUUCUAGAUCAUACUCUUGCAUUAAAAUAAAAUUCUAUUCCUCUCUGAUUCUUUUGCCAUUUAUCUUAAAUAUCUUUUCCCAAUUAGCAGUGAUUUUCUUUCUUGGUAUGUAACGCUGCUACUGGGAUGAUGAAUCCCUGAUUAUCAUAGAUAUAGUUAUCAUAGUAGAUCAGGUUGAGCACCAUAUUGGGGAACCACAUCUUGGGCUGAAAGGAGAAAAUUGAUAUUCCACUUAAGUUGAUUACAGUUGUGUUUUCUUUUGAGGUUUAUGGAGCUGUCAUGAGCUCCUUUCUAAGACUUCUACAGCAUUGAGUGGAUCCUGUUGAAGUAGUAGGGAGACCAAAAGUUAAAGAGAAAUAAUGUAUUUUCCCCAUUUUAUGUGAACGAAAUUGGGGGUGGGGGAUCCCAUCUGAACAUACAAUUAUCCUCCUUAAAUUUGUUAAAUGAAAAAAAAAAUGGCUUUACACUAUUUGUGCAAACAUUUUCAUUGGCAAAUGAGACAGAUCUUGCACCCUGUAGGUAGAAAGUGAGCAAGCUUUUUUCAAUCAUUGCAAUCUUUCCAUUAAGAAAUACCUCAGCAUUGCAUAGCAUUUACAGGCUUGCUUUGCAACGCAAACACUAUUCCUGGUGGAUAUGAUUGUAGAUUUAGAAUGUAGAUGUUGAUUUUUGGGAGAAACUUUUACUUAAAAGAACAUGCUCGCGGAUUUAAUUUCUCUCUUGAAAAGGUGAUCUUGAUAACUAAAGAAAUCAAUUACUCAUGAUUCUAUUUGCCAAAGCAAAUGCCUUCUUUUGCAACUCAAUUAAAAUGUGGCCUAAGUUUUAGCAUGUGUCACCUCACUAUUUUCAAGCUAGUUAAGAUUUGUAUCCUACAUUUGUAAGCAGUACCAUACUGUUCGUUUUCACCAGCCUUUUGAUAGAAAGGGGUUAAUUCACCAAUGUCAGGGUGGGAGAGAAUUCCACCAUAGAAAGACGUUUCCUUAGGAAAAGGAAGAAGUGAACAAGUUUUGUCUAUGUUUUAAAUUGAAUGUAGUGUUUGUCACAUUAAUAGUUGAGCAAGUUUUUAAACUUUGUAUUAUUAUUGUUGAUAGCAAUGCUAAACAAUUCAGGCUAGACCAAAAAUAUAUGCUGCUCCUUGCACCUGCUUGACUGAUCAACGAACAAUUAAGUUGAUAUGUGGCUGCGGUUGCCUCCAGUCAUUUAGUUUGUGCUUUAGAAUAACAGAGGCUUAACAGUUUGACUGUCCCAGCUCUCAUGUUUGUAUACAGUUGAUAGAAUGAGAAUUUUCAACAAUUUGACAGUAAUCCUGAGGUAUCAAGGUGGAUUGUGUCAUAUAUUUGGAUUCAGAAGUAGUCAUUAUUCACAUAUUUGGAUUCAAAAGUUGCUAUAAAGCAUCGGUAACAUGAUUUAACUGAUUUAAGGUAAAAUUCUGUACUAGCAAAUAUUGGGGCUGUGCAAUAAUGUUCUUUUCAUGUAGUGAAGAUGGGUUGUCCAUGUAGCUGACUAUUUUAAGUCGCUGAAGUGGCAACUGUGUCAAUCUAAUCUUUAAUAUAUAAGUUUCAGCCAAUAACUAUUGUCAAUAAAUGUUUUAGCUACAUGAUUUAUUGGUCAAAUUAAUAAUAGUUAACUCUAUACUUUCCUGCCUUUUGCCAGUUUCUUUUUAUGUUUCAUGCAAUAUAGCACAUCCUGCUAUGAAAACUGUUUGAUUGCAGUUUGAAACAGCUGGCCUUUUGAGUUUGGUUUGCUUUUCAAAAAGCUAUUCAAUUUCUGUAUUUAUCUCUCUCUUUGUUUUCUCUUUUUGAUUUGUGGUUUUAUAUUCUAGCAGAGUGAAAAAAAAAUGCAUUAUAUUGCACACCCUUAAAUAUUAUCAUUUAUUGUGCUACCAUCCAAAAGUAAAUGGCUACUAAGUGUUUUUUGCCAAUUAUGACACAAGUAGAGGUUUAAUAUAUAUAAUAUCCAAAGUUAUUGCGAAACUGGGUAGUGCUGUGGGCAGUUAAAAAUCCUAGGGCUACAGUGGUUUUGCUGAAGAACUACGUUUGAGCUUUGCAUAACAAAUGUCUUUCUGGUGUCAUUACAUAAAGCUGUAGUCUGGUAUUGAUGCUAGUCUGUGACAGUUGGGCAUUGGUGAUGUUUGCUCUGCUUUUUGUAUUAGAAAUUUAAAGUUGUACCAAGAUUGGGCAUUAUAAAACUCCAGUUUAAAAUUGUGUCAGGAUAUUUGAUCGCUUAACUUGCCACACCAAACAAAGUAACUUGUGAGUUUUGUUUCCUAAAGUAUUCAAUUCUUUUUGCUACAGUUUCAGCUUGUUUGUGUUAUAGUAAUACUUACAAACCAUAAAUAAUUAAUGGUAAGUUAAAAGGAUUACUUAGGAAAGUCACAGUAUCCUGUAGUAUGGAGAUCAGCAAAAGGUUUGUAAUAUUGUUUGCUGAAUGUUUCCAACAUUUUCUGGUCUUAUACCACUUGAAAUAGCUUCCAAACAACUAGUAAAAUAUCACUUUUUUCUCCAGCUCUCCAUCUUUCAAAAGGAAAUUUAAAGUAUUCCAAAGCUUUCGGUCAUCCCUGGUACAGUAUUAAAAAUGUUACUCAGCUUUUGAUACUGUAUUCAUUUGAAGUGCCUGAUGAAAGUGUUGCAGCUGACUCUGAUCUGAAGAAGCUAGUGAUAUCUGACCAAUUUUUGCUUUAUUAUGCUUUCUUUGAUAUACUCCUAAAAUAGUAACUAUAAUUCACUAGAGGAGCAGAAAAAGUUGCUUGACCCUUCUGUCAAACACUCCAGAAAUUCUCUGAUCAAUCCAUUUCCUUUUUGCUAUAAGCUGAACAGCUUUUCAUUUUCUCUGCAUUUCCUGUGCAGUGAGAUCUGAUCUGUACAUUGCAAUUUGCUUUUAUUUAAACUGUCUCCACAAUUAUAUAUGGUAACAAUUUAUAAUUAGUCAAACUUUUCAAUUUUUGAUAGGCAGAAUAUGCAUGUAAACUGGUGAUACUGAUGAUUUAUGUAUAAACAAGAGUUGUUCACUUCGCUCCAUGGUGAAUUCACAUCUGCUGUUACUCAUCAUUUUUCAUCUAGAAGUUCUCAAAGAAAGCAAAAUAAAAUUGUUAGCUUUUAGUUGGUAGAUACACACAGCUACGUCACUGAUAUUAAAUUCCUUACUUUGAAAUGAUAAGGAAAGGCAUGAAAACCAAUUGGUGGUUCAGUUAUUAAUUGUUGAAAUAUUCAAUUGGAAUUAUUAUACUAGGAACAAACUAAAUUAAGGAUUCUGAAAGAACCAAUGUUCGGUUACCUUGAGGUUUAUAAAUACAAAAACAAAAAUUUUACAACAAGUCUGCCCUGAUGGAUUUUGCAGGUAGGAUUGAUUCUCAUUUUAGUGGCUGGUUUUGUAAAGAGCUACAUACUCUUAGAGAAUGAUGUAAAAUAGAAGUCUUAAUGCAUCCAUUCCAGUUAUACAAGAAGAGCACUUGGAACAAAGUAUGGGUCAGUUUGUAUAGUAAAUUAAUAAAUGAAGGAAUUCUGAGGAAGAAAAUGAAAUUCUGUUAGAUUUAUUCCCACAGUUGUUAUGAAUACCAGACAGGUUUCUGUACUUAACUUUGAUCUUUAUAGUAACCUCUUUAAAAUACUAUAUAUAACAGCCUCCAUAUAUAUUGUGAAAGCAUCACAUCUGUAAUAGGACAAUCAUACAGUUAGUUACUUUUGUAAGGUGCAUUUGAGAUUUUGUUGCAGUCUUAGUCUGAAUCAGAAAUUGCUGAUAAAUGAAUGGGUUUUGUUUUACUGUUCUACUAAUUAUUAAGAUUAACCAUUCUAAUUAUGGUAGAAUAGCAACCUAGCUGCAAUAGAAAUUAAUUUCCUGGGGAAAGAAAUUUGAUACCGAUAGGAAAAAUGACCCAUUGUAUUCCAUUAUAUUUUGUUUAUCAGUUGAUUCGGAUACCUUUAAAAAUAUCAUAAUGGCUAACCAAAAACCACUAAUAUCUUGAUUUGCUGUUCCCAAAUAGAAGUUUAGAGACUUAAGUGUCUGUGACUGCGCCAGCUAUCCUAGGAAUUGCCCUGUCCAGUGCAAUGGUGAGUUUUGAAAUUGCAUCAUUUCCAAUUACAUCACCAGUGCCGCAACGCAUUAUACAAUUGUUUUUGUUACUGAGCUACAAGGAGGACGGAAAAUAUAUCGUGUCUGGUAGCCCAUUUACUUGAGCAUAGUACAGAUUUAAAUGGAAAUGCUUCAGGUUUGCAUUUGUCUACUCACAUGGUGUGAUUAUUUCAUUUUCUUCCUCAGUUGCUUAAAUGGUGCUGUCACCAUUUGUUCUGUGUACAGGAGCUGUUGUAUACCUCAUUUCUAACUCAUGACUGAGUAACUCGCUUUAAUCUCCCCCCUCAGAGUGGCUGAACCUGCUACUGAUUGUAUACUUAAACUGUAUACUUAAAAAGAAAUCUGGCAUGUAUUAGCACUAGCACAGCAGGAGAAUAACGGCAGUCAGAAUUGGCAAAUAAAGUUAAAGUAGGCAUUGAGGUAUUGCAAUCCUUUAACCUUUCCAUUAUGUCUUUAACUGUUUUAUUAGCUGUUAAUUCCGUCCAAUCUUUCUUCCAAAUAUUUUUAGAUGAACUGUUGUCGCCCUAGCCACGCUUAAUGGUGUGUAGGCAACUAAGUGGUUUUUGAACUAGAUACAUCCGGCAGUUCAUGCUCUGUUAUGGUGCAUCAUGAGCAGCUUGUUGGGCUGACUCUCAGCUCCUUAAUUGGAGAACUGGUUAGACAUGAUGGCAGGCGACCUCACCAUUCUUAGUGGAUGUGUGUAUUUAAUUAGUUGCAAACCUAGUUUUUCAUGACUGAAAAAACUGUUGUCUCUUCUGACUGGGAUAGACUAAUGAACACUAGCGAAGUGACUUUAUGCUGAAAUAAUUUAGCAAAUUCUGAAUACUAUAUGUAGCCUCUUUUCCAAUUGCUUAAGACCACACUUAUUAAUUAUAAAACUUACAUUUUAUGUACUUUAAAAAAUCAAGCCUAAUUUCUGAGUGAUUUUCAGUCAAAAAUAAAGACGUGUUACAUUGUAAUAAUUCUUCUCCUUGGCUGCAUCUGUCAGCUAUUCUGAGGUUCAAACAAAUGAAUGCACAAUAGUGCUCAAAGCCAAAUAUUGGUUGAAUAACAAGGGGCUGUUCAGUUUUGACAAUCUCGUAUCAGAUUAAGUAAUGGUUUUUGUCCAUCAUUAAAAAUACCCUGAGAAUGACGCUCGCUGUCUGAAUGUAAGUGUUAGUGAUGGUCAUUCCUGCCAUGCUCAAUGCUUUUAUUACAUGCCAGCAACCUUUCAUUGUGCUGAUAAAACCAAAGACUUACUAAUGAUUGUAUGACUUAAAUUUUUAAAUGUCUUCAGUCCUAAACUAAUCUUAUUUCAAAAGUAUGAGUUGCUUACAGUGACAAAAGAAUUGCAUAAAGCAAAAUAAAUCUGCUUCAUUCCAUCUAUUAAACAGUAGACAGCCUGCUAAAAGUGGAGCACAUGUGCUAUUUGAUUGGUUAAAGGACUGGAGACUCCUGUGGUAGGGUUGGCUCUUCUGAGGGGCAUUUAUCCCUUUGGGCUGGGUGAUCUGAAUUAAUACACACUGAGGUGCUCUUCCGAACUGACUGUAACUGGCUGGACGCUGCCGUUUCAUUUUGCAAAAGAAAAAUGAGACUAAAAAAUAUGUAGCUUGCUUACAAAGGUUUCAUAUCCUUUUCGUAAUACCACUGUGCAACUAUGCAUUGUAUUCCUCAACCUUGUGAUAGGUAGAGACUCAGUACUUUUUUGUGUAGAGAAAGGUAGAUUUCUUUGUGUUCAGUGAUAUUUUUUGAGUACUAACUGGGGGUUGUAGGAUCAUACAAGCUCUAUCCCAAAGCGAAAUACAAAUGUUAACAUUCGCCUAAUGCAGAUACCAAAGAUUUGUUUCUUCUUUGCAACCUUAAUUGUGUAUUAAAUGCAAUUACCCAGCAGGCAUUAGUCUAACCUCAGUAAUCCCAAAGCUUAGAUGUAUAUUUUGGUAUAUUUCUGGGAUAAAGGUUUUUUUUUUUUGUCAAAUUCUUGUUCGUUUCAGUGUAUUGCUCUUAAGUCAUGGCAUGAGAUUUUAAAAAAAUCGUCUUUCUUGGUAGUUUAAGAUAUAGUAUUUUUGUAUGUUUUGGGUGUGUCUUUGUGUGUGAGAACAUAAUUGUUUUUCACUGCCUAGUUGUUCAUAGUUUUAAAAGUGUACAUAUUAUCCAAUUUUGGACGUCCGCAGGCUUGUAUUCUUUAGAUGUAUUAUUUAUUGGAAGAUUUUUAAAAACAAAGUUUUUCAAUAGACAGUAUUCCUUUCUUAUAUAAAAAAUAUCUACAUGAUAACCUUCAAAAGUUAAAUCAUUUUUUGAAAUUAUACCUUCAUCAUUCACAAUAAAGUAAUUCAAUUUGGUGUAAUUUUUUCAUUAGGAAUGCAAAAUUUCCAUCCAGAUCAACCAACAUUAAAGAUGGUACAGCCUAUUGUUGAUGUAUAUUAAAUCUAAAAUUGUCAAAAUAAAGUGUUGUACUUUGCUUUUUCCAACAUUUUAUUAGUUAUUUUCAUUCAGGGUGUUCCAUCCUUCCUUCUCAUUCUCUGGUUUGGCUUGCCAAUGAGCUUCCUUUAAAGAGAAAUGUAAACUAUUAACACUCAUGUUCAGUGCAGGACUGACAAGAAAGUUUAGAUAAAUAUUUAAUUUGCUAAUUCCACGUGACCACAUGAUGAAUGUAAACGUUCCUGAGAAUGAAUCUAAUGGUUUUAUCUAAUCAUAUUUGAACUUAGUUAAAUCAGGAAUUAUGGAAACAAUAGCAAAAGACUACUUUUUUGGCCUAAAAUGAUAUGUAGAUAUGAGCUUUGCUGGUCUUCUACAUGUGUUCUGUAGAUGAAUCUUGUAUAUGACCAAGAAAAAAGGGAUACUGUUGCCGAUGAAUAAAUUUCAUGAUUUAUUAAUUCAUUAUGAAUGAAAAUGUGAAACAACUCAGCGGUUGUAACUGUAACGUUUUCAAUUGCGUUAAACUAUCCCCACUUGUGCAUGGUAUACUUCUUGUACAAUAAGACUGCAGCACAGGUAACCUGCGGACGUCCCUCUAUCCAGUGCACCUUAAUGCAGUACCACAGUUGAGUGUGUUCACAUAUACCCUGAUGAUAAUUUUAUGUAUAAACUUCUGAAAGAAUACAAAUGUCGGACCUUUUGCCAGUGCAAAUAUUCCAAAAAAAUCUAUAGCUAAUGUGAAUUGAUAUGAUCCUGUACUACUUGCUGUCAUUUCUCAGUGAAACUUAGAUAACCAGAUUUGUUACAAAAUGCCCGAAACAAAAAUUCAGUUGACAGCAAAUCUAAAGCUGAAGUAAACUUCCAACAUGAAAUCCUGAAGUGUUUGUUGCUGUGGGGCAAGAUACAGUUCUCCUAAAAUAAAUUCUGAAAAUUUCAGCAGUAACAGGAGAAUACUGUCAUAAGAGAAAUCUAAUUGGCACUCAAUUCAUCAAUACAGUUUACAUAAACAAUUGUUGUUACAAACCCUGUUUGUCACGUUUUCAAGUCUUUUUCAGGAACUUGAAUAAAAGUUUUUUUUUUAAAAGAACAGAAAUUGUGAAGCUUUAAUAUUUGAUUAAAGGAAGAGAUGGUGCAGGAUAUUGCAAAAAAAAAUGUUUAAUCUUGUGGAAGAUUUUGUACUUGCUUUCCAGUUUCCCAGAUUUAUUAAUAAUAAUUGUGCAAUUCUAAUAAUGUCUGUUUAAUUAUCAAACGAUUGCACUGAAUUUGGUCCGUAGAGAUUUGCAUCAGUCUAAAACAAAUUCAGUACUUGGUAAUAAAGAUAACUUCUUGUGAUGUUUGUCUGGAUGCAUGGCUUCAGAUUUUUCAGAAAACAUCAAAAUCUUGAUCUGUGACUGGAAACAUCUAACAUUGAUGAACUGAAAGUGAAAUUGCAACUAAUUUGCAUUGCUUCCCAUGAAAACCAUGAAACCCCAUUAUCCCCAUUUAAGAUUCUCCACCUGAAUAUGGGAAACUGUUGGUGCUGAGUCACCUAGAAAGAACUGACCACACCAUAAUAAUCUUGGAGAUUUUUUUUUCAUCAACCUGACACAGAAUUGAUAUUACGUAGCUCUGAAGCGAAUAAGACUUGAACCUAGACCGCCUGCCCCAGAGGUAGGGAUAUUACGACUGCACCACAAGGGUCCAAGUUUGCAACCUUGCAUCCUGCUUGUAAAUUUCAGAAUACUUUAUGAAGACCCCCAUAAUGCUCAUUUACUAUUUUGCAAAAAUUAGCAGUUCUUGCUAAAAUAGUGUAAGUGAAUUGGAGAGUUUAUUGUAAAAGUGAAUGGCAAGGCAAGGCAUAAAAGAAAUUAACCUAUUUAGCAGAGUAAAAGCAUUACCGUAGGCCUUGUAAAGAGAUCUAGUUCCACCAUUUACUAAAAUGAUGUGCAAGUAGGGUUUUACUUAAUAGCCAUUAAGUAUUAGCUUAUUGGUUUAACUGUUUCCUUGUUUAACAUUAUGCAAGAUAGUCAUGUAAAUGAGCUGGUCAAAAUUUUAGUUUUUGAUUGCUAGGUCUUCAUAAAUUCCUGCCCGUAUUGACACUUGGCAGUCAUCAACAAUUUUGUUUGUCCAGAAAAUGUUUUCUGAUACUUUAUGACAAUCAGGAUCUCCCUUGUUUCCUCUUCACCUGGAAUGUCUGCCCCAUUGAGUAUAUGUUGAUAUGGUAUAAAAAUGUUCAUCCUCUGAAUAAUUUGAUUAUACCAACUAUCUUCAAUAAUCAUCCUAAAGCACUGAUCUAAAUACUUUUCCAUCCAGUUGUAGGAUUUCUUCACUGUUUUUGUGAAGUAAUCUUCAAGGGAAAUAGUUUUUUUAAAUAGGAAAAGUAAGUACAGUUAUCAAGUUCUCUUGUUAUUACCAGCAAUUUUAAAAUAAUCCGAAGGGAAUAAUUCUAGCAGGAUACAUGGUGUUAAAAUGGACCACUGGUAAUUUAAUGAAUCAUUAAAAAUUGUUUAAAAGGUCUAGUGUACAACUGUAACAACUAGCUUCUUUAACAUAGUUUCUAAGAAAAAAAAAUUACCAAGGUAAAAAUAGGUGGUAAAAUUUGCACACCUAGCCCUAAUGUAUAUAUGAAAAAGCAAAUUGCCUUACCGUUGAUUUUCCCCUUUGCUGCCUCUAGAUGUCUAUCAGUAUCAGCUGGCUAAUAGAAAAUUUUCAAGUAGACAGUUAAUCACCAAGGUCUAGAUUCAAGAAUAUCAGUAAUGCCUAAUAUAUUUUAGGUAGCUAUUGUGAUCAUAUUUUAUUUGGUCAAUUCACCACUAUUUAAAUUGGCUAAGAAAGAAAUUUCAGUAGGAAUAAUAAAUGUAGUGUGAAUAUGAAAGAUGCAAAAUUAGGAACAAUUUUACAUAACCAUUUUGCCACAUUUGAAUCAACAAGACCCAUGCAUAUUUUUUAAUCCUGACUCAUAGUGGGAUUCAGAAUUGUUACAUCACAGGUUGGUAUGUUUUUAUUACUAAUGCACCAGUUUCAGUUCAAUCAACAGCUAACUGUGUGACAUUUUACUGUGAAUGUUUUUAUACACUAAGUAGCAUAAUCCUUUUGAACAGUGGUAAUGGAAAAUUUAAAAUGGUUCUAGCCUUAUGGUUCGAAGCAGGAAUACAACAUUAUGUUGUACAAAAUAUUUUUGAGGAUAAACUGGUGUGAAUACAUACGUCAUUGUAAUUUUCUACUGACACAUUGCAACAGUAAGGCAUUAUUGUUAAGCAUUGAUUUGUAUAUUGCUGUGUACUGGUAUAAUUUUAUGAACGUACAAUGUACAGUAUCAUUUCUGGCUCAUGAUAAACUCGGUUAGAAGUUCAAAGAGUAACGUUUGGGACACUGUAAGAACUAACCUGUCAGGAUAUUAAAUUUUACGCUUUGACAAAUUUA